AUGUCAGGUACCGGCGACACCGUUGUGUUCCGGCGCAAUACGAGGCAGUCUGGAUCGUCAAAUCUUAAUUAUGAGGCAUCCGUUAGUGAUGAUAAUCACAAAGAUGAUGAUUCCAAGGAAGCACGAUUUACCCUUAUGGAGGAAAUUCUACUCCUAGGUCUUAAAGAUCGGGAAGGAUAUACGUCUUUUUGGAAUGACAACAUCAGUUUUGGACUUCGUGGCUGCUUUCUUAUUGAGUUAGCCUUGCGCGGUCGUAUUACACUUGAGCCACCAUCAUCUCGUCGACUGCUUCUCAACAGGAACGUUGUGGUUGUCAAGAAUAUUCCCACAGGUGAUAUGCUUUUAGACGAGGCGCUGCGAACCAUUAGUUCAAAUAAGCCUGCGGACGUAAAGUCCUGGAUUGAAUAUCUUAGCGGUGAGACUUGGAAUCCGUUUAAAAUAACUCUGCAGAUGAGGAACGUACGAGAGCGAAUAGCUAAAAACUUGGUCGAGAAGGGUGUGUGUUCAACGGAGAAGCAAAAUUUUAUCGUUUUUGAUAUGACUACUCAUCCUCUUAUUAAUACGCCCGCCAAGCAGCUAAUUAUUCAACGGCUUAAUGAUGCUGUUUUGUCUAAUUGGUCCGCUGACAUUACGAAUAUGGACAAACGAUCGCUUUCUUUGAUUAUUGUUGCACAUAGAGCCGAUGUUCUCGAAAAUGCGUUCUUAACACUUUCGAACCAAGAUUACAGCACAGCUAUGAGACACGUAAGAACACUUCUGGAUUUGAAUUACAAUGAUUACGGCUCCACCGGUAACCCUGCAGAUGUUAUUUGGGCUGUGUAUGCUGCUUUAAGCUCCUGA